AUGUCUGAUGUACCGACAUUGAGUGUAACGUUGCUCGGUGCAGGUCAAGAAGUCGGACGGUCGUGCUGCGUCUUGCAAUAUCGUGGCAGGACUAUUGUCUGCGAUGCAGGUGUACACCCUGCCUACAGUGGAAUUGCAUCGCUGCCAUUCAUUGACGAACUCGACUGGAGCACAGUAGAUGCCCUCCUGAUAACUCAUUUCCACCUUGACCAUGCUGCAGCGCUCACCUACAUAACAGAAAAGACUAACUUCAGAGAUGGAAAGGGAAAAGUCUACAUGACGCAUCCAACGAAGGCCCUCCACAAGUUCAUGAUGCAGGACUUCGUACGCAUGAGCUCUACUUCUUCGGAUGCCCUUUUCUCUCCUCUGGAUAUGUCCAUGUCGUUCGCCUCCAUCAUCCCCAUCUCUGCCCAUCAAGUCAUAACGCCUUGCCCCGGUGUUACCUUCACACCUUACCACGCUGGCCACGUCUUGGGUGCUUGUAUGUUCCUCAUUGACAUUGCUGGCCUUCGCAUCUUGUACACAGGUGACUAUUCUCGAGAAGAAGAUCGCCACCUGGUAAAGGCUGAAGUCCCUCCCAUACACCCGGACGUCUUGAUCGUUGAAAGUACCUAUGGUGUUCAAAGUCUAGAAAGCAGGCCCGAAAAGGAGCUUCGGUUCACUAACCUUGUGCACUCUAUCAUUCGGCGAGGUGGACAUGUUUUGCUUCCUGCCUUCGCUUUGGGUCGGGCACAAGAACUUCUGCUCAUCCUCGAUGAGUACUGGAAGAAACACCCUGAUUUGCACAACGUACCUAUAUAUUAUGCUUCUGGUCUAGCCCGGAAGUCGAUGGCUGUCUAUCAAACUUACAUUCAUACGAUGAACUCUCAUAUUCGGUCUAGGUUUGCCAAGCGUGAUAAUCCUUUCGUUUUCAAGUAUCCUCGUGGCUGGGAGAAAAAGAUUGCCGAAGGCCCUCCUUGCGUGGUACUUGCUAGCCCCGGAUUUAUGCAUUCCGGUCCAAGUCGAGAACUCUUUGAACUCUGGGCUCCAGACUCGCGGAACGGUUUGAUCAUAACGGGGUAUUCUAUUGAGGGAACUCCUGCUAGGGACAUUAUGACCGAACCGGAUGAGUUCGAAUCCGUCAAAGGCGGCAUGAUUCCCCGGAAAAUAUCGGUGGAUUAUAUAUCCUUCAGUGCUCAUGUCGACUACUCUCAAAACUCGGAGUUCAUAGAACUAAUCAAAGCACAGCAUGUGGUUCUGGUCCAUGGCGAACAGACGGCCAUGGGUCGUUUACGGGCGGCAAUGACUUCACGAUACAAAGAACGAGAAGAAGAUGUCAAAAUACACACUCCUCGUAAUCUGGAAACACUAAACCUUUCAUUCCGAGGUGAACGUGUAGCAAAGGCCAUCGGAACGUUAGCAGAUGCGGCGCCGCAAACAAACGACGUCUUGUCAGGCCUUCUAGUUGCAAAAGAUUAUUCAUACACCCUCUUGGACCCGCGAGAUUUGCGGGACUUUGCAGGACUUUCUACCUGCACCGUCACGCAAAGGCAGAAAAUUGCUCUAGGUGUGCGUUGGGGACUGGUAAGAUGGCAUCUUGAAGGGAUGUAUGGGCAUGUAGAGGAAGGGUUAGACAAAGAUGGUGUUCCUACCAUGCGGGUCAUGGGUGCUAUCGAUGUAAAACAAACUCAAGAACACGAGCUGACUCUUGAAUGGGAUUCCAGUGCGAGCAACGACAUGCUUGCCGAUGCGACGCUGGCUCUCAUAAUAGGAAUUGAUAAGAGUCCCGCUUCUGUCAAAUUGACAUCCCAGGAGCAUUCUCACGAGCAUCCAGACGCUUACGAACACCCACAUGCAGAUCCUGAUCCAGAUGAUGAUACUACAUCUAUGAAACGCAUUCAACGUCUCAUCAUGUUCUUGGAGGCCCACUUUGGAGAAGUAGAGUUGCAUAUGCCAGAAGAGCUUGAUGAAGAAGAGCAGGAACCGGGUGGGCCUGGUAACGAACCAUCACUGCUUGUUCAGCUCGACGAGGCAGAUGCACGGAUAAGUUUAGUCUCCAUGAUCGUCACCAGUUCAAAUGAAUCGCUGCGAAAACGAGUGGAAACUGUUCUUGAUAUGGCAGUUACAACAGUCAGUUCGUUGACAGAAUCGUUUUCUUCAACUAAGAGUCCCCCUUUUGAUUUGCCCCAGGACGCGAGUACUGAAACCGAGGGUGUGGUGGCGCCCGAUGUAUCCAGUGCGGCGAAGCCUGCUUCCAAGUCUCGCGCCCAAGACGAAGAGAGUAAUGAAUCAGAUUUAGAGGUACAUGGUUGA